GUGCAGAGGUAUAUAGAAACGUUCUCAAUGAUUAUUUGAAGCAAUUUAUUACUUUGCGUAAACAUUGGAAUCAAAUUGAAUCUAUAAUUUUGAAAAAGUUUUCAAAUCAAUGUAAUAAAGCUACAAUAUUAUUUAAUAAUCUUAUUAAAGAAAAUGUAAAAGAAGAUGAAUAUAAAGCAGAUCUCAAUAAACUAAAAAAAAUAACUAUAGAAUAUAGUCAAGAAAUUAAUAAUUUCUUAAAAACUGAAUGGGUUAACAAACUUAACCCUAAUAUGUUUCAAAUGGCUGUAAUUAAUUUAGCAAUUGAUAAUUAUAAUAAAGAAACAUUAUUUUUAUAUGUAAAUUUUAUAGAUAUGAAUAAUAAUAAGGGCAAACUUUCACAAACCUAUCAACAACUAAUUAAUAAAAUUGAUAAUUGGGGAAAAAUUAGAAAAGAUAAUAAUUGUGGUGGUGUUUUUGGUGAUGCUGCUUUUGGUAAUGGUAAUUGUAGUGGUGUUUUUGUUGAUG